AUGUCUGCACCGAACGCUGGUAUUAACGCUGCGGCGGCAUCUGCCGCAUCUGAAGAUGCCCAUCGUGGGUCCAUCGCAUCGCUGAAGGGGCAGGACCCCGAACAGCCGCUGUCCUCUGGUGAGGAAGAGGGAGACCAUCCUACGGCGCCAGAUCAGCAUGAUCCCAACUUUGUCGCCGACAAGAAGGAAAUUUGGUCUUACUACAGCUACUACGUCGGCAACAAUGGCCUGAGCAUGUUCAAUUUCGCGCCCACAGCUUAUCAGGACCUGCUAUAUCUGGCAGCAGGUGAUAGCGAAAUCCUGCGCUUCCUUGGGCAGGACCGAACCAUCAACUCGAUUGUCCUGCUCUCCAACGGCAUUAGUUUCGCUAUUCAGGUCGUGCUAUUUCUUGUGCUGGGCUCACUAGCCGACUAUGGCUCGUGGCGGCCCUAUAUCUUGAUCUUCUGGUCGAUUGUCGCCUUCGCUCUUGGCUUCGGCUGGCUUGGUGUGCACCGCGAAGAUCUUUGGCCCGUCGGAACUGGUAUGUACAUGGUUGGCUUGAUUGCAUACCAGAUGUGCUUCACCUUCUGGUUCGCGGCAUUCCCUGGUCUUGCCCGCAAUACACCAGAGAUGCGCGAGAAGGCGCGAGAGUACGAAGCAGGAAAGAUCGACCGCGAGGAGUACGACUUCGAAGACAUGAUGCAAAGGAAUCGCCUAUCAAAUGUUGCAUUCAUCAUGCAGUCUGCUGUCGAAAUUGUCAUACUUGCCAUCCUGGUGGGCAUCCUCAAGUCCAUCAAUCCGGAAGCUAGCGAUGCGAACAAUCUAUGGUCAUUGAGUGUCACUAUUGCUUACGCGACUGCAAUCUGGGUUGCUUGUGCUAUUCCAUGGUUCAUCUUCGAGAAGCACAGGCCAGGACAGAAAGUGCCCCCGGGCAUGAACCUGGUAAGUGUUGGAUUCUGGACGCUGUGGAGAGCCGCUAUCGCCAUUUGGAAACUCAAGCAGAGCUUGAUCUACCUGAUAGGAUUCUUCAUUCUGUCCGAUUCUCUGAACACCACAGUCACAGUUGUGGCGACACUACAGAAUGAAGUCCUCGCUUACGACCCAUUGACCAUCACCUAUCUCUUCAUCGUGGGGAUUGCAGCACAAUUGGUCGGCAUCUGGGGUUUCUGGACUGUUCAGAAGCGCUUCAGACUCUCGACCAAGAACAUGUUCGAUGCAGUGAUCGUGGGCAUAAUAAUUUUAGAUCUCUGGGGAAUGAUCGGCAUCUGGACGCAGACCAUAGGCUUCCACCACAAAUGGGAGUUCUGGCUGUAUCAGGUGUGGUACGGAAUUGCGGUGUGCCCAUGGUACUCUUAUUCACAGACAAUGAUCUCCGAGGUUACGCCACGGGGCAAAGAGUUUCUGUUCUUCUCCUUGUUUAGCAUCAUGGGCAAGACCAGCGCCUUCGUUGGCCCUAUCGUCUCAUCUGCCAUCAUCGACGCAGACACAACUGCCGACAAAGCCGGCAACAACAGCCUGCCGUUCUACUUCCUCUUCGGGCUGUCAAUACUCAGCGGAGCCGUCUUGUUCUUCCUUGUCAAUCUCAAGAAGUCUCGAAUCGAACAGGAGGCGUUCUUGGAAGAAGAGCGCCUUAUCAAAGAGCGCCGAGCCAGCAUUGUGUCUGUUCCACCGCAGUCAGCAUUCGGUCCGGAUACUGGCCAUGACAUCUCGGAGGUGGAAAGGAAAGAGAUCAAGACAUAG